CUCAUGGGUAAUUAAAAAAAAACUGAAUUAAAAAGGAAAGUCUAACAGUAAGCAGCUCACAGGCACUGAGGACAUUUCAAGCAUGUUAAAAUCAGAAAGAACCAGCUUUUGUGGCAGCAGUCUCCUCCUCUUGGAUUACGUGGUGGGUUUUUUAACAAACAGCCACUUGCUGGUGGUUUCUUCACUUGUCCAAGUAGUUUAUUUCUGCCUGACCCACACAGUCCUCUGGCACAUUUGUGCCUGGCCUGGGAGGGUUCGUCAGGAUGCUGAACAGUGGAGGGACUCUCGGCGAGCAGCCACGGGAGGAAAAUGCAGGGAACCUUCUGGGGAGCCGUGAAAAUGGAAGCUUUGCAGAGGCACGGAAUGUCUGCAGGGAUUCACUGCCCCACUUGGAGGAGGCCCAGGAUGAAGGCACAGAGCCAGCAGAGGGCCUGUGGACCUCCCUUGCUGAUGGCAGAGUCAGACUGAGAAUGGAUAAUUCGUGUCCCCAGACUCCCAUAACGGUCCAUCAGAUGUUCAAGGAGAGCCUGGAAAAAUACGGGUCCCUUUACGCUUUGGCCAGCAAAAAGAACGGCAAGUGGGAGAAAAUAACUUUUUCAGAGUAUUAUUGCCUCUCCAGGAAAGCAGCCAAGAGCUUCCUGAAGCUCGGUCUGGAACGAUUCCACAGCGUAGCAAUCCUUGGAUUUAAUUCUCCAGAAUGGUUCAUCUCAGCUGUGGGAGCUGUUUUUGCUGGGGGAAUUGUCACAGGAAUAUACACCACCAAUUCUCCAGAGGCCUGUCACUACAUUGCUCAUGACAGCAAAACCAAUGUCAUGGUGGUGGAAAAUCAGAAACAGCUGGAGAAGAUAAUGCAGAUCUGGGAUCGUUUGCCACACUUGAAAGCUGUUGUGCUAUAUAAGGACUCCAUUGCAGAGAGACAUCCAAAUUUAUAUACGAUGGAGGAGUUCCUGGAGCUGGGACGUGACAUAUCUGAUGCUGCUCUGGAUGACAUCAUUAACUCCCAACAGCCUAAUCAGUGCUGUGUGCUCAUUUACACCUCUGGGACAACUGGGAAGCCCAAAGGAGCCAUGCUGAGCCAUGACAAUAUCACUUGGACAUCAGCACACUGCAGCAGAGCAGGAGAUAUGCAACCUGCAGAGGUGCAGCAGGAGUCCAUAGUCAGUUAUCUCCCUCUCAGCCACAUCGCUGCCCAGAUCUAUGACCUGUGGACUGGCAUCAAGUGGGGAGAGCAGGUCUACUUUGCUGAGCCAGAUGCUCUGAAGGGCAGCUUGAUCAACACCCUGAGAGAAGUGCAGCCAACAUCUCACAUGGGGGUGCCCCGAGUCUGGGAGAAAAUCAUGGAGAAAUUAAAGGAUGCUUCUGCUCAGGCCGGAUUUGUGAAGAAGAAGAUGCUGUCAUGGGCUAUGUCCCUUAGCUUAGAGAGGAACCUGAAUGGCUCAAGCAGCAGUGACCUCAAGCAGCUCUGGGCGAGGCUGGCAGAUUACCUGGUGCUGGCAAAAAUCCGCAGUGCCCUGGGCUUCUCCUGCUGCCAGAAGCACUUCUGUGGUGCUGCUCCUCUCCCCACAGAAACACUGCACUUCUUCCUGGGCCUCAACAUCACCCUGUACGAGGCCUAUGGCAUGAGUGAGACCACGGGCCCGCAUUGCCUCUCUGGGCCUCACAUUUACAGGCAGAACAGCUGUGGCAAACCAGCACCUGGAUGCAGAGUGAGACUGGUGGACAAGGAUCCAGAAGGCAACGGAGAAAUCUGCUUCUGGGGAAGGACUGUGUUCAUGGGUUAUUUAAAUAUGGAAGACAGAACAAAAGAAGCCUUUGAUGAGGAGGGUUGGCUGCAUUCUGGAGAUUUAGGAAAGCUGGACAAGGAUGGCUUUCUCUACGUCACGGGAAGAAUCAAAGAUUUGAUUAUUACAGCUGGAGGUGAAAAUGUGCCUCCCAUCCCAAUUGAAGAUGCUGUUAAAAAAGAGCUCCCCAUUGUCAGCAACGCUAUGGUGAUUGGGGAUAAAAAGAAGUUUUUGUCAAUGUUCCUGACCCUAAAGAGUGAGCUGGACCCGGACACAUCCGAGCCCACUGACAUUCUCACUGAGCAAGCCAGAGACUUCUGCCAGAGGAGUGGCAGUAAAGCCACCAAGGUGUCUGAGAUUGUGGCCACCAGAGACCGGGCCAUCUACGGAGCCAUCCAGGAGGGAAUCAACAGGGUCAACAGGAACGCCACCAACAGGGUCCACUGCAUUCAGAAAUGGAUAGUGCUGCCCAGGGACUUCUCCAUUUCUGGGGGAGAGCUAGGUCCAACAAUGAAGCUGAAACGGCUCUCAGUGCUCGAGAAAUACAGGAGUGAAGUCGACUCCUUCUAUGAAGAGUAGGAAGUCUUUCAUCCAAGCAUUAAGAGAGAUCUGUGAGCAGAAGAAAGUUAUUUUCUAAUCAAAAGCAUUAAUGAAGGGUUAUGCCUUUUGGGGGUCUGUAGUCUAUUGAACCAAACCACUAGAAAGCUGCUGUGUCAGUGUAGUUGUUCCUGAUAAUUCACCUGAUCAUUUGUCCUCUUUUCACAGAAGCAUCUGCAGUGUGUCCAUUUUCUAAUACUGUUUUUACUGUAUGACCUACAUGAUUAAAACAUCCUUCUGUGUUGUAUAAGCUGAGGAUAAUCAAUUCCUCUAGACUAAAAAACAACCUUUUUUUUUUAUAUAUAGUGAUCUUCCCAUUUUCCUUUUUCCCUGUUGUCCCCCAGGCCAUUGCCCGUAGCUCAGGAUACAUUUUGGUAGUUGGCAGUGCUGCUUAAUAAAACUGCCAGACCACUCCAGUGAGAAUUAUUUAAACAACAAAAAAAUAACCAUCAAAAGGGCUGAA